UUUGUGCGGCGGACAAAUGGGGAGAGGAGGAGGAGGAGGUGGGUACUUCUGCGACGUAAGAUCCACAUCAGCUCAACUCCACUCACAUCCCAGCCGGCACUUCCUCACUUUCUCAACUGUCUCGCCCCACACCGCUCCCUGCCUCCUUUUUGGCUUGUUUUAGACGAGAAUUCAGCCCCCCUUUCCCCUUCCCCUUCUAAGAACUGGCUUCCUGCUAGGUCGAGCUUUCGGGCUCUUUUCCUGCUGCCCGUCGCUCGCUUGCAAGAGGGCUGGAUGGUUACACCGGGCAGGUUGGCUCCAUAAUGUUAGGGACUGUGAAAAUGGAAGGGCAUGAAACCAGCGACUGGAACAGCUACUACGCCGACACUCAGGAGGUGAGUGAAUCCCAGGUGGCGUACACGCCGUCCAACCUCGGCAGGACUCGGGACGCCAAGACCUUCAAGCGGAGCUACCCCCAUGCCAAGCCGCCCUACUCCUACAUCUCCCUCAUCACCAUGGCUAUCCAGCAGGCGCCCAGCAAGAUGCUGACGCUGAGCGAGAUCUACCAGUGGAUCAUGGACCUCUUCCCCUACUACCGGCAGAACCAGCAGCGCUGGCAGAACAGCAUCCGCCACUCGCUCUCCUUCAACGACUGCUUCGUCAAGGUAGCCCGCUCGCCCGACAAGCCCGGCAAGGGCUCCUACUGGACCCUGCACCCCGACUCCGGCAACAUGUUUGAAAACGGCUGCUACCUCCGCCGGCAAAAGCGGGUCAAGUGCGAGAAGCCGGCGAACAGCAAAGCCCCUCAGGAGGGCAGGAAAGAUCAGGCCGGAGCCUCCAGUUCCAGCUCUAAUUCCCCCCUGCACAGAGGCCACAAUAAACCGGCGCAGCUGGACCCCGCGACCUCCCUCUCCAGCUCCAACCCGUCCACCAGCCCACAGUCUAUGGACCACAGCGGAUCGAGCACGGAGCUAAAGACCUCGGCCUCGGCCGCCUCCUCCACCAUCAGCUCCGUCCCCGCCUUAGCCUCCGUCCCGCACCCCCCUCACUCCUUAGCCCACGAACCCCAGCUCCACCUCAAAGGGGAUCCCCACUACUCCUUCAACCACCCCUUUUCCAUCAACAACCUCAUGUCCUCCUCGGAACAGCAGCACAAGCUGGACUUCAAAGCCUACGAGCAGGCGCUGCAAUAUUCCUCCUACGGGGCGAGCCUUCCCGGCGGGCUGCCCCUGGGCAGCGCCUCCAUGGCGGGCCGGAGCAGCAUCGAGCCCUCGGCCCUGGAGCCCUCCUACUACCAAGGUGUGUAUUCCAGACCCGUGCUAAACACCUCGUAGCUCUCCGGCCCGCACGCCCGGGGGCGAGCCCCUCUCCUCUUCCCCUCUCCUCCUCGGCCUCUCUCCUGCUCCCCUCACCCUUUCCCCCUAUCUGCGACAAACCGAUGUGUUUCCGCACGCUGCGUGCCCAAGACUGUUACUUUAUAAUUGUCUCGCAACGCGUUGUGUAUUGUUAUUAUCCAACACGACCUCCUGCAAAGCUGACCGCGUCCCUAUUGUACAUACCCCCUCGCUCCCUCCCCCGUCCCUCCUCCCCGGAGAACCCUAUAGCCUUUGCAGGAUGUUAUUAAAAAGAAGAAAAAAUUGUUAAGCUUGUAAACUACUUGUUUGUGCUUUCCACCUCGCCCCAGCCCCCCUCUCCCUUUCUGUGCUCUGUAAUCUCAUGUAAGUUUACAGGUAUGUGGCAAUACUUUAACAAUACGGAGAUGAAGAAGUGAGUAGACGUUUAAGGCUUUUUUUAAUUAAAAAGGCUUUGGAAGGACAAUACUGCUGUGAAGUAGCAAAACACUAAGAGAAUCUCUAAGCAACAAGAGGACUAUUUACUUUCUAGGAUCAUCCUUUUGAUACUUGCAAAAUAAACCUUCGGCUAG